CUGCGAUAGUGCUGCGUUAUACUGUCUGUGUAGAGUCUGCAACCUCUGAGCUUCUUCGUCCCCUCUUGAAGUCGGAAGAUUUGGCCCCGAUCACACCGAUACCCAGCCAUGAAGACCAGCGCAGUUUUCAUCUUGUGCCUCGUGGUUGCAAUCGCCCUGCAUUUCAAUCAAGUGGCAUCUCACAAUUCUGAGGAAUUAGGAAGUCAUUCGCAUAGUGAUUCACAUGAAAUUUGGCACGGGGGAGUGGCUGCUUGGUCAACAUGGUCUCCAGCGCACGGGGGCGAUGCUGCUUGGUCAACAUGGUCUCCAGCGAACGAGGGCGAGGCUCCUUGGGCAACAUGGUCUUCGUGGUCUCCAGCGAACGGGGGCGAGGCUUCUUGGUCAACAUGGUCUCCAGCGCACGGGGGCGAUGCUGCUUGGUCAACAUGGUCUCCAGCGAACGAGGGCGAGGCUCAUUGUGCAACAUGGUCUUCGUGGUCUCCAGCGAACGGGGGCGAGGCUUCUAGGUCAACAUGGUCUCCAGCGCACGGGGGCGAGGCUUCUUGGUCAACAUGGUCUUCGUGGUCUCCAGCGCACGUAGGCGAUGAUGCUUGGUCAACAUGGUCUCCAGCGAACGAGGGCGAGGCUCCUUGUGCAACAUGGUCUUCGUGGUCUCCAGCGAACGGGGGCGAGGCUUCUUGGUCAACAUGGUCUCCAGCGCACGGGGACAAGGCUUCUUGGUCAACAUGGUCUCCAGCGAACGGGGGCGAUGCUGCUUGGUCAACAUGGUCUUCAUGGUCUCCAUCGCACGGGGGCAAGGCUUCUUGGUCAACAUGGUCUCCAGCGCACGGAGACAAGGCUUCUUGGUCAACAUGGUAUCCAGCGAACGGGGGCGAUGCUGCUUGGUCAACAUGGUCUUCAUGGUCUCCAUUGCACGGGGGCAAGGCUUCUUGGUCAACAUGGUCUCCAGCGCACGGGGGCGAUGCUGCUUGGUCAACAUGGUCUUCAUGGUCUCCGGCGCACGGGGGCAAGGCUUCUUGGUCAACAUGGUCUCCAGCGAACGGGAGCAAGGCUUCUUGGUCAACAUGGUCUCCAGCGAACGGGAGCAAGGCUUCUUGGUCAACAUGGUCUCCAGCGAACGGGAGCAAGGCUUCUUGGUCAACAUGGUCUCCAGCGAACGGGGGCAAGGCUUCUUGGUCAACAUGGUCCCCAUGGUCUCUAGCGCACACUACGCUGCAUAUAUGCUCCUGAUACGAUACGCCUGGACCCUGAGGGAAAAUGAUAACACCGCUAAUG